CAUCAUUAAGUAAACAUACAAUUAAAAUAUAUACUAGUAAUUGAUCUCCGUUUAUAUAAAUAUCAUCUGGAUUAUUUCUUGGAUUCAAACCUUCAGAAGUUAUCAAACUAGUCGAAUAGUACCAAGAUUGUGCUGAAAAUUUCAUGUGGCGAGCUUUAUCGUAAAUGUGUAUGUGAUACAGUGUUUUAAAGAGACUUCGGUGUAAUAAUUUAAGAACUUUGUGCACCAUGGCGACCCCGCCGACGCUUUCAAAUGAUGUUAUUCCGCAUGGAUAUUCUUCGCUUUACGGCGCGGCAAUUCCGUCGGCAUACGGCGGCCUGGCAAUGACAUCGCCAUACAACUAUCCCGGCAUGUAUUACCACCCGGCGGAUUUAAACCGAGCCUAUGCCAUGCGAAUGCUUGAAGAACUUCAACGUAGGGAGCAACCCCAGAAGCCGCCGUACUCCUACAUUGCUCUUAUUGCAAUGGCAAUUAAGAGCGCACCGGAUCGCAAAAUUACGCUGAACGGAAUUUAUCAAUUCAUCAUGGAACGUUUCCCUUAUUACCAUGACAACAAGCAAGGCUGGCAGAACAGUAUACGUCACAAUUUGAGUUUAAAUGACUGUUUCGUGAAAGUUUCACGUGAAAAGGGAAAACCGGGAAAAGGAAAUUACUGGACUUUGGACUCUAACUGUGAAGAAAUGUUCGAAAACGGGAACUAUAGACGCCGGAAGAGAAGGGUUAAAGUUCCAGUAAAGGAGGGCGAAAACGGAACUACGAGUUUUGAUGAUUCUAAGGACGGAGAUGAUUCCGAUGUUGAGUCUCUAGAUGAACUAAAUGUAACUUCGGGAGAUGAAGAUAACGGAGACAGAGCAGAAAAAGACAGGAUUGUAUCUAAUAUUUCUCCCGUAAAUGACAGUGGCAUAAACGUUGGUUCGAGUGCUUCGGAGGACGAAAAUUCUCGGGAUUCUACGGAGGCUAUGACGAGAUUCAGACCGCAAACCAUUGACUGUGAUAAUCAUGAAAAAUCAGAAACAAAUUUUUCAGGCGGAAGCAAAUUUUCUGGAAUAAAACGAAAACUUUUUACUAUUGACAGUAUUAUGGGAAUCGAAGAAAAAACUGAAAACACAACUAAAAAAGACACGGAGAAAGAUAUAGAAGAACAUGAACUAAUUGAAAGACCGUUUAAAAAGAGAAAAGUUGAUAUUUUUGAUAAAAUUCCAAGCCCACCUCCAAAAGUUAUAGAUCUAAAAGGGGGAAACUUGAGUACACUUCAGUUAUCUCUAGCAAGUGGACUAUACGGAUUUAAUUUUCAACAAAUGUAUACGAAUAUUCCGUCAUAUGGUAUGAAUCCGCAAGUGUGGUCUCCCAACCUGCAACUCCCAGCCUUUGGGCACGGAUUUUCGGAAAGGAUAUAUCAACAAAGUGCCGCAACGCGGUCCAUGGCUUUCUGCGGGGCUGGGAGUAUAUCUCCGCGUGAUGCUGCCGAAUCCCAGCACGUGCUGCCACCAGGAGCACCUCAGCUCCACUCAACUCCAAGGAUACAAUGAUUAGUGUUUCACGUGGAUUGUUUGUAAUCUAAAUGAUUUGAUUUUAUGUUGAUUUUUAAAAAUCUAAAGACAAAAAAAAAAUAAACACUAGAAAAGUUUGAUUAGGGUGAUUUAGCAUAGUACAUACACAAGAAAAUUGUAUAAAAGUUUAAUUUGAUUAAUAGAAUUUCUUAAGUAUUAAGGCUUUGUUGCCUUGUGAUUAGAUAUUUUUGAAUGUUUUAGAUAAGAAAAUUGAAUUUAGAUUUUUGAACAAAUUCAUGAGCUUAAAAAAAAUGCAUUCCCAUAUCUUCAAUGGCAUUGCAAUGACUAAACAGCAUGCCAAUAUUUUCUUGGAAAUUCGCACGACUUGGAAAAAACGUUUCAAGUGAACUGUUAAACAGAAGUAGAAACUGUUUUCUUUCGUGCAUAUAUGACAGCCAUGCACGUAAA